GAGACAUCCGGGUCUUCUGAGCCGAUUCUUUUCCGCUUUCGCUAGCCUCCCCCGCUUUCGCCGCGCGUCAUCACAGCAGCGCGGGCAGGAGGAGAUCCAGGCAGGGCGCCGUUGUGGCCACCGACUGGGAAGAGGGGCAGAGGAGGAAGCCGGGGCGGCCGAGAGGAACUCAGAUAUGUCAGAACACAGCAAGAAUCCCACAACUGUUGAUGAACCUCGUCUGGCUCCAGAAGAAAUCCAGUCUGACUCUGAGGAGUGUUCAAUGGCUCAAGAAUCUCCAAAAAAUUCAGCAGCAGAGAUUUCUGUGACAAGUAAUGGAGAACUUGAAGAUACCCACGAGCACAGUUUUAACAGGGACUUGAAGCGCUCUAUACCAGCUGGACUUGGACUGUCUGAAACCCAAAUUACAUCUCAUGGCUUUGACAGUACCAAAGAGGGAGUCAUUGAAGCUGGGCCUUUUCAAAGUCCCUCAUCGCUACCCAUGUCACCUGUUAUAUCUCCUAGCAAUGCAGCAGCUAGCAGACUGGCUGGACAAGGGAGUGAUUUAAUUAUUCCCAAAGGCAGUCUAAGAAUGCAGCCGAAAAGUGGACCAGUUGUCUUAGCAGAAGAGGCAAAGAACCCAGCAAUGGAAAAACUGGAGCUUGUUAGAAGAUGGAGCCUAAACACUUACAAGUGCACUCGUCAGAUAAUCUCUGAGAAGCUGGGACGAGGCUCACGAACAGUAGAUCUAGAAUUGGAAGCGCAAAUAGAAGUACUAAGGGAUAACAAAAAGAAGUACGAAAACGUCUUGAAAUUGGCACAGACCUUGUCCACGCAGCUUUUCCAGAUGGUGCAUACCCAAAGGCAACUUGGAGAUGCAUUUGCAGACUUGAGUCUGAAAUCGUUAGAACUCCAUGAGGAGUUUGGAUAUAAUGCAGAUACUCAGAAACUUCUUGCUAAAAACGGUGAAACUCUUCUCGGGGCAAUUAACUUCUUUAUUGCUAGUGUGAACACUUUGGUGAAUAAAACUAUUGAGGAUACAUUAAUGACUGUGAAGCAAUAUGAAAGUGCUAGGAUUGAAUAUGAUGCUUAUCGCACAGAUCUAGAAGAACUGAAUCUUGGCCCACGUGAUGCAAACACCUUGCCAAAGAUUGAGCAGUCACAGCAGCUAUUCCAAGUACAUAAAGAGAAAUAUGAUAAAAUGCGCAGUGAUGUAUCAGUUAAAUUGAAGUUUUUGGAGGAAAACAAGGUCAAAGUAUUGCACAAUCAGCUCGUUCUGUUCCACAAUGCCAUCGCUGCAUACUUUGCAGGGAACCAGAAACAGCUUGAACAGACACUUAAGCUAUUCCAUAUCAAAUUGAAAACACCUGGAGUAGAUGCUCCAUCUUGGCUUGAAGAGCAGCAGUAAAACCAGGCAGGAAGAUCUAUUGAUCAACCCGGAAUCUUGUACAUCUAAUAAGAAUCAAGGAGCUUGUCUAAGGAGGACUGUUUGUAGUGAUUCUUGCACAAGCAGCUUUAAUUCCGACUCCCCCUCCCCCCCGGAAUAAUAAAUAUCAUAGUAAUUUGGGAGGGUGGGUGGAAUUAAUGUAACCAAAUGUUAAUUUGUCAUUUCUGAAACAGAGCUCUUUUUGUACAUGAGGGUAAACUGUUAUUUCUGUAGUAGGGAAAUAAUAUAGAUUUGCACUGACAAAGAUGUUUGUGGUCUCUAGUAAUUGUGGUGGCUAGAUGAGAUAUUUUUUCCAAAGGAAGGCACUCAUGAUUUGUAUCAACAUCUGAUAUUUUAUAUAAAUGUAUUAAACUUCUCUAAAGAUUCUUUUUCAUGUAAUUGUGUUAAAUAUUUUGCACAGUAAAAUAAGGCCUUCCUGCAGCAUCCACAGUGCCAGUGGCUGGCUGAUAUGUGGAAGAGCAGUAGAUAACUUUUUUUAGAAGUUGACUCUUUCCAUUGUACGUUCAAAAACACUAAAUUUAGAAUUACUCUCUUGGUCUGAAGCUUUGAACACACAUUUUAGCAUUGUAAAGAUGACUUGCUUGGACGCAGCCCUGUGUCCUACUAAUUUAAUUUUAAACUUUCUAUUAAAAACAAAACCAUAUUUGCCUUAAAUUCAAAAAGUGCCUUUCCCCAACACUUUCUACCCAAUGUAUAUAUUCUGUAAGAAGCCCUCUUUGGAUUUUUUAAAAAGAGACUAAGGCCAGUCGGGGAUGUUGGUGCUUCAGUUUGAAAUGCAGAUCAUGUCACUUGAGUAAUGCAACGGUUUCUGUUUCUUUUCUCAAUCAGUAGUGCAACUAUGGUUAAAUGUACAAUUGUUUUCUCUUAUCAUAGGCUUUUAAAAUUCACUUUUCUGGAGCAUCCUCAUUUGUACAUGUUCCAUUGCAUUUUGUGUUUAUAUAAAUGAAGUACUUAAAAAGUAACUUAUCACAGCUUAUAUGGAUUGUAUAGCUAUGUAUUAUAUGUUGAAAUAGAUUUGGUUGCUUAAAAUGGUUUGGUUUAAGUCUUAAUGUAAACUGUGUAUCUUAAAUCAUUCCUUAUUACAUUUUAGUCUGAGCCUUCAAUUAUUUUUGUUGCUGUUAUUACUCUUGAGAUAAUUUUACCAUUUCCCAGAAUGCGCCUCUAUUAACUUUGUAUUCAUACUAAAGGUGUUUACUGCAGUA